AUGUGGCAAAAGGCAGCAAUAUUAGGCGUUAUUGUAUGCAGUGCCUACAGUAUUUCCGUAGUUUUCUCCGUGGUUGUUCCUCGUGCACGUGCGGCCGGUGACAGGUGUGAGCCCGGUAAGCGACAAGCUUGUGCCGAUUGCCGGACGGUGAACAUUUGCAGCUACGAUCAAACCGUACUGGUCAGCUACAAAUGUCUAGAUGUGGAACCGGACAAACCCUACUGCUCGGGUGAUGGCAUUUGUUCCGUAAAGAGUGACGAUGAAAACAGUUGCGCCGUGGUCGCUGAUGAUCUUUGUCCAUCGAAAACAGCAGGAUUUUAUCCAGAUCCAACCAACUGCACGCAGUACAUCUAUUGUGAUGACAAACAGGCAGCAACGCCACAGAGCUGCCUUGCGGCGAAUAAUGCGUACAAUCAGUCCUCUUCAUCCUGCUUCCUACGGCGAACGUUGGAUCACUGUUAUCAGGUGGAUUGCAGUUUAGCACAAAAUCGAAACAAAUGGUUUGUCUAUAAACCAUAUCCGCAGCUUUAUUUCUUCUGCUCGAGCAGAGGCCUACCGGUUAUGUUUGAAUGUGAACGCGAUAACGAGGUGUACGAUGUUAAACUUCAGCGGUGUAAGUUCGAGUGUCAAGAAAGUGGUCGAUUCCCACACCCAGAUGAUAGCAAACGGUACUACGAAUGUGUCUACGUUACUCUACUGAUGCUUCAACUGUUCGAACAAACCUGCCCACUACAGCUAACAUUCGAUGAGCAAACGAAAAAAUGUAAGGCAUGA